AUGAAAGCUCAGAUCAAGCACAACGGCUGUGAGCUGGAGGUGGACAUGCCGUCCUGUGAAGGGCUCUGCAACACCUUCUCAAAGUACUCUGAUGCAGCUGCACCCUGCUGCAAGGAGAUGAGCUCCAGGAACGUCACCAUUGACUUGCAGUGCACAAAGGGUGGGACGAUCCCUUACACUUACACGCAUGUGGAACAGUGCGGCUGUGGACAAACACCCUGCACCCUCCACGCUGAACAUUAUGGCCGCAGGAAGCGAAGCUACGUGCUGCCGUGAC